GCGCGGGGCGGGCUCGGGCCGGGCCGGUAACGGCGGCGGGCGGCGCUGGGGCCGGUGCCGGGCAUGUCGCGACAGCGGGACGUGUCGGGAGGAGCCCCCGCCUGGCCCGUCCCGGUCUGAGCACAUCCCGAGAUGGCGGAUGAGAACGAGGAGCUGCAGGCGGACGAGGAGCUCCCGGCUCCGUCCGAGGACGGCUUCGAGCAGCUGGAGAACGACAGCCCCGCCGAGCGCAGCGGGCACGUGGCCGUCACCGACGGGCGCUGCAUGUACGUCUGGGGAGGAUACAAGAAUGCCCAGGUUCGGGGAUUUUAUGACUUCUACCUGCCUAGGGAUGAGAUAUGGAUCUACAACAUGGAAACUGGAAGAUGGAAGAAGAGCAAAACAGAGGGAGAUGUUCCCCCCUCCAUGUCUGGGAGCUGUGCUGUGUGUGUGGACAGAGUGGUGUAUCUCUUUGGAGGGCACCACGCACGGGGCAACACAAACAAGUUCUACAUGUUGAAUUCCAGAUCCACGGACAAGGUGCUGCAGUGGGUGCGAGUGGAGUGUGAGGGGGUGCCCCCCUCGUCCAAGGACAAGCUCGGGGUGUGGGUCUACAGGAACAAGCUGAUAUUUUUUGGAGGUUAUGGCUAUUUUCCUGAAGGGAAACAACGGGGAACCUUUGAAUUCGAUGAGACCUCUUUUUGGAAUUCAGGUCUUCCUAGAGGGUGGAAUGACCACGUGCAUGUUCUGGACCUUGAAACUUUCACUUGGAGCCAACCCAUAACUACGGGUAAAACCCCGUCCCCUCGAGCCGCUCACGCCUGUGCCACGGUUGGGAACAGGGGUUACGUGUUCGGAGGCAGAUACAGGGAGUCCAGGAUGAACGACUUUUACUACCUGGACCUGGACACUUGGGAGUGGAACGAAAUACUCACACAAGGCAUCUGCCCAGUCGGCCGGUCGUGGCAUUCCUUAACACCGAUUUCCUCGGAUCACCUCUUCCUCUUUGGAGGAUUCACCACAGACAAGCAGCCACUGAGCGAUGCUUGGAUUUAUUGUAUCAGCAAGAACGAGUGGAUACAGUUUGAGCAUAACUAUUCCGAGAAACCAAGGCUGUGGCACACGGCCUGUGCCAGCGAGGAGGGAGAGGUGAUUGUGUUUGGGGGCUGUGCCAACAACCUGCUCGCCCACUCCAAAGCUGCUCACAGUAACGAAAUUCUUGUGUUCUCCCUACAACCAAGAUCUCUUGUAAGGCUGUGCCUCGAAGCAGUGAUUUGCUUCAAGGAGAUGCUGGCCAGUUCCUGGAAUUGCCUCCCCAAGCACUUGCUGCACAGUGUCAACCAGCGCUUCGGAAGCAACAACACCUCUGGCUCCUGAGCCCCGGGGCAGCCCCGGGGGGAAACGAUCUGAACAUUAAAGGUGUGUAGGUUAAA